GUUUUGUUGUCAAUCUCGUCAACUAUGGCGGGCUUGUGUUUUUUCAAGCUCAAAUACGAAAUGAGUAGUUAUGUGCGCCGCUCGGGCGGCGACAUUGACAGCGAUUUGUCGAAUAUUCUCGUUCGCCAUUUUGUGAAUGCUAUGGAAUUUUGUGUUAAGUAAUCAACGUGAAGUCAUCUUGGAGGUAUCCAAAAUAGGUGUUUGGCAGGUAUGACUGAAAAUUGCGUUGUGGGUAAGCCGUCUCUGAAGCGGCAUGAAGUCGCGAGGCCUGUACACGUCCAGAGGCUGGAAGCUGCCCUGGAAAUCCGCCCUUUUGUGAACCAGGUGGAACAGAUCCUCAACUCCGAAGGCGGAAGUGACAGUGACGAUGAUUCCGAUGGCAAAUCCAUGGGCAAUGAGAUGUCCAAAGGAGAUAGGGUAGUACAUGGUGUUGUCACUACUAAACAAGAACGCCAUAGUGACCGCCUUCGCCUAUACAACCUCACAUCUGUGGGUGAAGAGAGAGAAUGGCUCCGGAAUGUCUUGCUGUCCUCUGAGUCCGACACCAGUAGUGGUGAGGACACGCCUGCAGGCAAAGAACAGAGGAUAAAAAGAUUGCUUAAAGAGAGACUGUAUCAUAACAAAUAUGCUAAGGAUUAUUAUAAGGAUCAAGGGAACUCUCGCUACAUGUAUUAUGGCGCGGGGCUCCUAUCAACGGUGGACCGGUACCCAGAGCGGCGCAUCAGUCGGCCGCCGCCGCCGGCCGCACGCGGACGCCGCGGGCGGCCCGGCGAGCGCGGCCGUGGCACAAAACAGAAGAGUAGGCGCGGCCGGGGCAGGGAGGGUCGGGGUGAAGCUGGUGAUAUGCCUGAUGAUGUGGAUUGGGAAGAUCAACUAAGAAAUAUUAAGGAGGAGAAAGAUGACGAAUUUACCAUUGUAGAUAAACCAGGAGUGAGAGGUCGCAAAAAGCUGUCCACCCUCAAAACGCCAGAAGCGCUGACCGCGCGCCGCCGCCGCCACUGGCAGCUGCUCGUCAAGAAAGAACUGGGAAAAGUGCAAAGGGCUAGAACGGCCACGCACAGGGAGGUCAUGCUGCAGCGGAAGAGGCUGGCUACUCUGUGCUGUAAACAUUGGAGGCAUGUUGCUAUGCAGUCCCAGAAGAACAUGAAAGAGACAGUGUGGCGGUGCAAGCGGCUCAGCCGAGAAAUGCAGGCGUAUUGGAGGAGAUAUGACCGCGCUGAAAGAGAAACGAGACGACGAAUGGAGAGGGAGGCGGAGGAACAGAGAAAGAUGGACGUGGAACUAAUGGAAGCCAAGCGGCAACGUCGCAAGCUGAACUUCCUCAUAACGCAGACGGAGUUGUAUGCCCACUUCAUGCAGAAGAAGUUGAACGCUCCCACGGACGACGGCGACGGAGCCGACAGGAUACUGCGGCAGCUUGACGAGGACAGAGACCCUAGGCUGGCGGCUAUUGAUAGUUAUGACAGCGAAGCGAUGAAAGCGCGCGCGUCACGCAACGCGCGGGAAGCGUUCCGCACGGAGCGCGCGCGCACGUGGCAGUUCGACGCCGCCGCCGCGCCCGCGCCGCCGCCCGAGGCCCGCGGCGACCACGCGCAGCCCGACAUCUUCCAAGGCACGCUCAAGGGCUACCAGCUGAAGGGGAUGAAUUGGCUGGCCAAUCUUUACGACCAGGGUAUCAGCGGCAUCCUGGCCGACGAGAUGGGUCUCGGGAAGACCGUACAGUGCAUAGCGUUCCUCUGCCACGUGGCCGAACGGCUCGGCGUGUGGGGCCCUUUCCUAGUGGUCUCACCAGCGUCCACAUUACACAACUGGCAACAGGAGUUGCAGAGAUUCGUACCUGAUUUUAAAGUUGUACCAUAUUGGGGCAGCCCCAACGAACGCAAGAUACUCCGGCAAUUUUGGGAGCGCAAAGACCUUCACACGCGCCAGGCCGCGUUUCAUGUGGUCGUGACGUCAUACCAGAUCGUUGUCAGCGACCUCAAGUACCUGAAUAGAGUCUCGUGGCAGUAUAUGAUAUUGGACGAGGCUCAAGCUAUAAAGAGCUCUGCUAGUAUGAGAUGGAAACUACUGCUUGGGUUCAGCUGUAGAAACAGACUGUUGCUGUCAGGUACUCCAAUACAGAACAGCAUGGCGGAGCUAUGGGCGCUCUUGCACUUCAUAAUGCCGACACUGUUCGACUCGCACGAAGAGUUCAACGAGUGGUUUUCGAAAGACAUCGAAAGCCACGCCGAGAAUAAGAGCACCAUUGAUGAAAAGCAUUUAUCUCGGCUCCACAUGAUCCUGAAGCCUUUCAUGCUGCGAAGAAUCAAGAAGGACGUGGAGAACGAACUGUCAGACAAGAUCGAGAUAAUGGUGCACUGUCCGCUCACCAUCAGACAAAAACUCUUGUACAUAGCACUGAAAAAGAAGAUCAAAAUCGAAGAGUUGCUGCAUUUCACUGUCGGGUCGGAAUCGGGCCACAACGUCGACAAGAACUUCACAUCCAACCUUAUGAACUUGGUCAUGCAAUUUAGAAAGGUAUGUAACCACCCCGAGCUCUUCGAACGUCGCGACGUCCGCUCUCCCUUCGCAAUGCAAGUCGACGACUACCACUUACCGAAACUAGUCGCCGAAGAAGCUAUCCUGUUACGCAGCAUACCGUCCAAACGGCACUUGCUGUAUAACAAGCUGAAUAUACUGACGCCUGAGUAUGUACACAGAAGUCUGAGUGAAGAGAAUGGAAUGUUCAACUUUAUGAGGUUUAUUGACCUCUCGCCGAUGGAGUUGUAUAAAGUGACGCUGUGUGGAUGGUUUUACGCCAUGGAGCAUAUAAAACAAUGUCUAGAAAAAUACGAAAGGCUUCGGCAUCGGCACUUCUGGUGGCAACAGCACUCAAAUUCAGAAGUAAAAGACGAGGUGGCCGAAGAGACUGUAGAGUCAGAGCCAGAUUACUACGACGUUGUCAGUAGUAAGGAUAGAUUGCUGCUGUGUCCGGAUGGCGAUGUGUUGAGGCAGAGGAAAACAGAUAGUUUGACGUGGAGGGACCUACUGUUUACUGACCCGCUGUGGACUCAAGGUGGGCCAUUCUACACACACACAGAACACAGUAUUCACUACAUGUCGGAGACUAUAGAACACAGAAACAUGAGGACUAGAAAUCUCAAAAGUCAUGAUGAUCAGUCGGAUAUGUUGCGUGAGAUAAAGACGGAAGAGGGAGGUGUGAUGUCGGUGCCAAGCGCAGAAGUCGCGGAAUUCGCCCACGUGGAGAAGCCGCCUAAAGUGUAUCAAGAUGUGCCAACGGGUUUACCAGCUUUCUUAUGUACUGCCCAACCUAAGGUAUGCGUGUGCCCGCUGCAGCCGUUCGCGUCGUCGCGGCAGUUCGCGUACCACCUGACGCGGCACGCGCACGCGGAGAGCGGCGCCGGCUCGCACGCGCUCGCGCGGCUCGUGGCCGCCGCGCGCCCGCCGCAAGGCUGGGCGCCGCUGCAAGUGCCAGAUAAGAAUCAGUUAGUGAGCGACGCGGGUAAGCUCACAGUUCUGGACUCACUGUUAAAGCGGCUCAAGGAAAGAGGACAUCGUGUUCUCAUAUACAGCCAGAUGACCAAAAUGAUUGAUCUCUUAGAGGAAUACAUGUGGCACAGAAAACACAAAUACAUGCGGUUAGACGGUUCCAGCAAGAUAUCGGCGCGGCGCGACAUGGUGGCUGACUUCCAGGCACGAACCGAUAUAUUUGUGUUCCUUCUGUCCACGAGAGCCGGCGGCCUGGGUAUCAACCUCACCGCUGCAGAUACUGUGAUAUUCUAUGAUUCCGACUGGAACCCCACCGUGGACCAGCAGGCCAUGGACCGCGCCCACCGACUCGGGCAGACCAAGCAGGUCACCGUCUACCGGCUUAUCUGUAAGGGCACCAUCGAAGAGAGGAUUAUGCAGAGGGCCAGGGAAAAGAGUGAGAUCCAAAGGAUGGUGAUAAGCGGCGGCAACUUUAAGCCCGACACGCUGAAGCCAAAGGAGGUCGUCUCGUUAUUAUUGGACGACGAAGAAAUAGAACUAAAAUACCGCCAAAAAUCAGAAGAAAAGAAACAAGAGGAAAGGGAAAGAAAAAGAAAGUCAGCGGCGCUGCCCCCUCAACCCGCUGCCGUCGAAGUGAAGCGUGGCCGUGACUCGUGCUCGGAGCCCGGCAGUCCGCUCCUCGUGGACGAUGAGCCACGCGACGCGCAUCUCACCCCACCGCACACGCCUUUCUCCCCCGUGGGCCGAGCGUCAUCGUGGUCGGCGACGCGCUCGACGCGCGGUGCGAGGCGGGGCCGACCGCGCGGCGCGCGACACGCGUCGCGUCGCGAGCGACCCCUCCCUGCCGACACCGCGGGCACUUCUGCGGACGCUGUUGCCGGUGCCGCAAUGUUGGAGUCGGAAGCGCCGCUGGAGCCGUGCGUGCCGGCGGUGCGCGCGCGGCGCGGGCCGGGGCGGCCGCGGCUGCGCGGCGGCCCCCCGCGCGGCCCGGCGCGCCGCCCCCGCCGCGCGCCCGAGCCGCUGCUAGUGCCGCUCGCGCCGCCGCCGCCGCCCUACCACUCCUAGCAGGGACGAGAGAUGCCAUACACCCCCAAUUGUGUUCGACGCUGAGCCCCACCUAGUGCAAUUUAAUUAAAUGAAUGAACUAAACCCUAAAAUAAAUACUGCUCAUGUUAAAUUUAAAUCAGCUUUGUACAAACGCUUUUAUUUGUUCUCCGUUAUUGUUAUUUUAAAAGCAUGUUUUACUUUAAUUUUACACAGAAUAUCAAUUUUUUAUUUAAAAAGAACAUGAUUGAUUUAAACGUUAUUUAAUGAAAUAUGGACAAUCAGCAUAUUUAUGUGUAAUUAACUUGUUGUGGUUUUAAUAUUAAUUUAAAUAGUCGCGUUUGGCGUGACGCCGUUGUAUUAUAGGAGGAAAUGGAUGUUUUGCAAUAAAUGUGAAAGUUGUGAAACUAAA